AUGGGCCGCGAGAGGCUGAAGGCGACCCACUGCGACCUGCAGGUCACCAACGCCCAGACCAUGGAAGGUGCGUGGGGGCGGCGGGCGCGGGGACCGGGGACCGGCCGGCUGGCGAUGGCGCAGGCGGCCAGUGAGGCGUUUGGGCAGCCCCUGGCAGCCCUCUGUGGGGAGGACAACACGCUGCCCCGGCCCAUCCAGGAGCUGCUGGCUGUCCUGCGCCAGCAAGGACCAGCAACGGAGGGGAUAUUCCGCAGAGCUGCCGGUGGGACAGAGCUUCGGCAGCUGCGCGAGGCCCUGGACCGCGGCAAGGACAUCGACGUAGGAAGCCAGCCUGCGCUGCUGCUGGCCGUCAUCUUGAAGGACUUCCUGCGAAGCAUCCCCACCAAGCUCCUCGUCGUCGACCUCUACGAGGACUGGAUGGCAGCCAUGGAGAGGGCCAGCAAGCAGGCCAAGGUGGAGGAGCUGAAAGCGGUGGCUGACAAGUUGCCUGCGGCCAACCUCCUCCUCCUGAAGCGGCUGAUGGCCCUGCUGCAGCACAUCGGCCACAACGCAGCCACCAGCAGAAUGAGCUGCAGCAACCUGGCCAUCUGCGUCGGGCCCAACCUG